AUGUCCAACGUGCUGAAAUGGGUGUUGGCCUUGUCGCUGGCUCAAUGGGUCGCUGCGCAAUAUCAAAAUACCACUCUCUGCGGCCAGAGCGACUUCUAUAACUCGACUCUCGUCCCCUACUCCUUUAACAACAAUGCCUGGGGAGACAACGGUCAAGGCUACUCGUGCCUGCGCAUUUACGACGAUGAUACCGCCUUUUCUGUCACGUAUCAGUGGUCAGGAGACGCCUCCACGGUCAAAGGAUUUCCAUACAUGAAAGCAGACCCCUCACGCCUACCGGUCCAGCUAUGGAAUGUUUCCUCCCUCGAAUUCGCUGCGCAGUGGCGUACAUAUGUGAAAGGAUCCGAGAACUGGUCAGAGGAAGAGCAGGCGAUCGCCAUGGACAAUACAGGUCUACGAGUGAACGUUGCCGUCGAUAUGUUCCUCUCAGACAAUGCAGAAAACUCCACGGGUCUAGGACCUCCGAUUGAGAUAAUGAUCUGGCAGUGGUUCACCCCUACCGUCCUGCCGUUGGGGCAUGCCGAGUCCACCCCAGAGAAGGACACAGUCGAGAUUGCAGGCACGAAUUACAGCCUCUACCACGGCUGGAAUCAACAGGGCCAACACGUAUUCUCCUGGCUGCCCCACCAGAACCUGACAAGUCUCGACACCGACUAUUCUCCUCUGUUGAGAUACAUAUGGGAACAAGGUCUCCUUUCCGGUGCGCUGUACAUGGGACAGCUGGAGUUCGGGACUGAGGUCAUGCACGCUGGACAGGAAACCACUUUCGAAGCGCGGAAUCUUACCUUGAAGAUCACCAGAGACGGGGAUCCAGAUGCUCCUCCGAAACCAACCACGACAACUUCAUCUGCAACAACGUCCAGAACCUCGGCUCCUCGUACAUCGAGCUCAACUACUGUUUCCUCGACGACUAGUGCGACUAUCACAUCUGCCAGUGAUGCUACCGGUGCGACUUCUACCGCCAAUAUUGCUCCAUCUGUCUCGCCACUAGGGACAUCUCGUGGAAAUUCGGGGUUGUUCAUCAUUGCAUUGUCUCUGGCUAUUCUACCGCUGACAAUGUUAUAUAAAUUAAUAGAUAAUGCAUUAUGA